AUGAUUACUCAGACCGUUGGCGAUUCAAUUCCACCCAACACAAACCAUGCUGUUUCCGUGUGUCUUCCAACGUGGGAAGCAACAGUCGGUUAUGAAGAAGGAGAUGCGGUCAUCGUAAAAGCAAUGACAACUGGUUACCCUCGAUUUUUCAUCCAUAAGUCAGUGAAAAAGCUUUGCGAAGUUUUAAGUGAAAAGUAUGCCAAAGACAAUGAGACUUGUCUUUGUUUUCCCUCUUACAGUGUUGCUAAAAGAUGCAGAGAAUAUGUUGGGGUUAAGGUGAGCUCUCUUGAGAACCGCGCAGCUCUUCCAUCUUCGAAGGUCCGUAUUUUACAACUGGCUACCUGCAAACCCAUGACUCAAGAAGAGAUCAAAUUCAAAAGAGAAUGUAAGAUAGCUGUAGUGUUUGUUGACAAGGCAUAUUUCCGUUUGUUAAAAGAGUUCUGGCAACAUACUGGUGAGAUAAUAUCUAGCAGGUUAGCCGAAUAUGUAUUGCACGAACUGUUUGUUGUUGAGAAAUCAAGCAUAAGUUUGUCGCAGCCCCAUGCAUCGAGUGUGCAUGAUGGAAAAGAAACCGAAACUAAUCAAGAUGUUAUAAGAGAUGAGGAAGCAUUCAUCGAGACACGAUUUGGUAGGAAUCUUGAUUUUUCGUUUGCAGAUGAAGCUAAAAUUUUGAUCAAAAAAAGGAUUGCCAGCAAAGUUGUCGAGAAACCCACCGAGGAGCAAAUAAGAGAAGAUGAUGGCAACACAAAUCAAGACAAUUAUGAUGAUAACGACGAUGAUGAUAACAAUAAUAAUGAUAAUAGUGAUGUUGCGAAUGAUGGCUUUUUUGUUCAGGCUACAGAGGAGCUACUCCUUGACGAUACACGGACCAAUGUAGCAGGCUCUACGAGAGAAAUUGCCUCUACUAUACAACCUGAACAGAUCGAAACGGUGACUAGUUUUUUAACAUCUGCUGUUGCUGCGGAUGAUAACAGACGUAGCUUAGAAAUUAAUCCAGAAGCUGACGUAUUCUUAUUUCCAAGCGGUAUGGCAUCUAUUUUCACCGCGCAUAGAUUGUUGUUAAAUCUAGACUCGCUAAGGGUGCAUAGGUCGAGAUUUAACAGCACCACUCCAAAUUGUAGCGGAACUACAUCUCCAACUUCUCAGCCCAAUCUGAUCGGUUAUGGACCACCAUACAAGAAAACUGUCAUGUUCGGUUUUCCUUAUACAGAUACGCUAAGUAUAUUGAGGAAAUUCAACCAUACAUAUUUCCUAGGGAACGGUGAUUCCAGCGCCAUGGAUGAACUGAAAAAAAUUUUACAAUCUGGGGAACAAAUUUUGGCUCUCUUUAUAGAGGCACCCUCGAAUCCUCUCUUGAAGAUGGGCGAUCUUGCUGCGUUAAGGCAGUUGGCUGACAUAUACGGGUUUUACAUCGUUGUUGAUGAAACUGUGGGCGGAUUUGUUAAUAUUGAUGUCUUACCAUAUGCUGACAUUGUUUGCAGUUCAUUGACAAAGAUUUUUAGCGGUGACUCGAAUGUGAUUGCUGGUUCACUCGUGCUGAAUCCGAAGGCCAAAUUGUACAGCUUUGCUCAACAAUUUCUGAUUGAAAAUAAGGAAUACGAAGAUUGCUUAUGGUGCGAGGACGCAUUAUAUCUAGAAAGAAAUUCUCGUGAUUUCAUCGCAAGAACCAUUAAAGUUAAUGAAAACACGGAGCAUCUGUUGAACAAUGUUUUAAUACCUCAACAGGGAAAGCUGAUAAAAAAAAUCUUUUACCCAAGUUUAACUUCGCCGGAAACUAAGGAGAAUUUCGAUAAAGUUAAAUGCAAAACACAAGGCGGAUAUGGUGGACUAUUUUCUCUAACCUUUUUCGAGGAGGGCAAGGCACGCAAGUUUUUCAAUAGUUUGCAACUAUGCAAGGGCCCAUCCCUAGGUACUAAUUUUACACUUGCAUGCCCAUAUGCCAUAUUGGCACACUACAACGAGUUGGAAGAGAUAGCCAAAUAUGGCGUUGAAUCAAACCUGGUCAGGGUGAGUGUUGGACUUGAAAACAAGGAAGAACUGUGCAGAGUGUUCCAGCAUGCCAUAGAUAUAGCAAACAAGAGCUGA